GCGCUGAUGGUGGAACAUGGGUUAAAUUGUUGAGUUAAAUUAUUCAAGAGGAUAAUAUUGGUAUAUUUUCGGUCAGUUCUGGUCUGUUUAACUAGUUAAGUUCUUAGCUACCUAUCAUGUCUUAUUGUGAAGUAUCCUCUUCUCUGACCAAAUCCAGUUUUCAACAAACCUAGCUAUCUACCCAGCAAGCUAACGUUAGCUAGCAAAGUGCAGUCAUUUAGCUAACAAACUACAAUACCAGUUUACGUAUUAUUUUUUGCUAAAUUGAGUCUGAUAGCCAAGCUGUGGAGUUGUAUUUUCAAAUCGUUAUGGCUAGCUAUCUUGAUAUCUAUCUUAAAAUCUGAGCAAAUGAACUCCUAUCUCUGUUUACAUCUAUUGAAAGGGAACUCAGCUCAACUGCUGUUGCUGGUCUGAGUGUCAUUCAAUAAGUUUGACAGCCCUCGAGUGGAACUGACUGGUAACUUACAUUAUGACCAAAUCAGAGUGGUCUGAAUUGACUGGAUGUGGCAUGCUGUUUCAGUUACUUUCUAACCAAUGAGCUGCUAAAACAUACACCAUAUGUUUUCUAUCCAUCUCCCCCCUCUCAAUUAUCUUAUGUACAGAAGAAGACAACAUCCUAGGCUAGUUCCAUCUUCAACCCUGGAAUCAAAGUCAUCCAGUCACCCGCACUCAUGGAGAACACAAAAGAAGAGGCCCCGGCCCCGGUUAUGUGUGAGGUGUGCGGGACCUACUUCGAGACACGGCGGGGUCUCUCCAGUCACGCCAGACUCCACCUCCGUCAGCUCGGCGUGGCUGUCUCGGACAACAGCGGAGCUCCCAUCGACUUACUCUACCAGCUGAUUCAGGACAGGGACGGUUCCAUGCACCCACCCAAACCCGUCUACUCUUCACCCAAAAAACCCAAGGGGUCAGGGACACUCAUCUCCCAGAAGGAGUCCCCUCUCGGGGGUAGGGUCAAAGUAGUGACAACCCCACAGAAUAAUAUAUCCAAGGUAGCUCGUAAAGGGACAGUUUUGGCCAAGCCUCGGCAGUCUUCCAUGUCGUCGUUCCUAACAGCAGGCAAGACACCAUCGCCCUCAGGGGGAGCGAGCCUGGCCUCGGCCAAGCCUGCCUGGGCACCGCAGGAGACGGAUGCCCCUCUCACCCUGGCGAUGGACACCAAUGACGAGGUGCAUGUGUGCCAAUUGUGCGGCGCCUGGUAUGAGUCCCGCAAAGGCCUGGCCAGUCACUGCCGGGCCCACUUGCGCCAGUUCGGGAUCACCGAGAACACCGAGACGAAAGGAGGACCAAUAGAAUUCCUCUACCAGAUCAUGGAAGCAGAAGACCUCCAACCUAUAGCAAGUGAAGGUCUCAACGUCUAUAACCCUUCUAUGUCUUCUAACUCUAACAAACGGCCCUCCGGCUCUGGUUCUUCCACAUCACCUGCUAGACAUAAAGGAUCCCCCUCCUCCUCCCUUCACCAGCCUCCCUCCAACAAACGGCCCAAGCCCUCCGCAUCAGAAGGAACUGCUCCACAGGAUCAUAGGCUCAGCACGGGUGAGUUCACCUGUGUCUUGUGCGGUGAGGAGUUUGAGAACCGCAAAGGCCUAGCAAGCCACUCCCGCUCUCACCUGCGCCAGCUCGGUGUCACCGACCUCCUGGGCAAGGCGUCGGCCAUCGACACGGUCCAGCAGCUGGUCAGCAGCGGCGUGCUUGCGGCUGCUGCAUCGGUACGACCCAGUAACACAACCACCAAGACCCCUUCUCAGUCUCCAGCCCCAGCCAGGUCUCCAGCUAGAUCCCCAGCUAACGCCCACCUCAGCCCCUUGGCCUCCAGCCACAAUCCCAGGUCCAAGGCCAAGAAGGGCUCCACCCUGGUCUAUCCCAAGCCGGAGCCCCUGGAGAUGGAGCUGGAUGUGGGGUUCUCCAGUCCGCUUGGGGGUACAGCAGCAGUAAUGGAUCUCAGGGUUCUCAGAAGUGGGCCAAAAAUGGUCAUUCCUUUAACUCUGGUUCAGACCAGGAGCUCAUGAUCACCUGUGAAUUCUGUGGCCAGUUCUUUGACAGCCGCAAGGCCCUGUCCUGCCACGCCCGCUCCCACCUGCGCCAGCUGGGAGUCAUGUGGUCUGUCAACGAGUCGCCCAUCGACCUGC